AAAGUUGUUUGUCUCUUAUCGUCGCUCACAAACGAUGUCUCUAGUUCAUGGUUAUUCUUCUGGUGAAGAUGAAGACAUUCACUCCAAGGACGUCUUCGGGUUAUCCUCUAUCUCCGCUGCCAAGAAGAUCCGCUUAGAAGCUGAGGGUUUAACGACUGAGGCAGCUCCUCAUGUAUUGGCAGAAGACCCGUUAAAUCAAACUUCACUAGUCACUCGACCGACAGACACGCAAAUGAACGUGAAUAUCCCGUACCAGGACAUGAUGCUUCCUCUGCAAGGUCCAGAAAAUCCUUUUGGGGACAGAAAACGGUUCUUAAAUCAAAAUGCACUCGCUGGCCAUGUUGAAGAGCAAUCUAUGACUGAACACGCUUUUCGUUCUCAACAUCUUACGCAUUCCAUUCUUGGAUAUUCCGCCAAUCCCUCAGUGGAUCCAAACGCGCCAGCUGUUGUGGGUUCACUGGAUAAUGCCCAAUUUAAUGGUUUCGCAACAAUUGACACGAUACGGGCCACGAAAUCUCAGCGAAAGGAGCUCAAGCGCAAAAGAAAACAACGGGGAAGUCUUGAAGCUGUCGAGGGAGACGGAGCGUAUGUUGGCCCAUGGGCCUCUUGGGAAGGAGACGAGCCAGAAAAUCACUUUUUGACUGGUGUUGAGGCUAAUGAUGGGGAUGAAGAAGAUGAGGAAGAAGAAAAGGCACCCAGAAAAUCGAAACCACCCAAUGUGAACCCCGGCACCCAUGGUCAGGAAACUUCGACGUUCCACGGCAAACAUAUGACAGAUUAUCAAGGGCGGACAUACAUGUCGCCGCCCGCGGCGGAGGCUCCCCAUCUCUUGCAAGAAGCAGGAUCCCAGGACUGCUUCAUUCCCAAGGUUUGCGUUCAUACAUGGACCGGUCACACAAAGGGCGUUUCAGUGAUUCGCUUGUUUCCUGAGAGCGGUCAUCUCAUGCUGAGUGGCUCGAUGGAUACUAAAAUCAAGCUUUGGGAUGUGUAUACCCAUGGGAACUGUCUGCGCACUUUCCAUGGACAUGUGAAAGCGGUGAAAGAUGUAACGUUCUCGAACGACGGAAGGCAGUUCCUAUCCUGUGCCUAUGACCGUUCAAUCAAGUUAUGGGACACAGAAACGGGACAGUGUCUGAAGCGAUUCGGCAAUGGCAAGAUACCAUAUGUUGUACGCUUCCAUCCUGACCAGGACAAGCAACACAUAUUCCUUGCAGGAAUGUCGGAUAAAAAGAUUAUUCAGUACGAUAUGAACUCUGGGGAUAUAACGCAAGAAUAUGACCAACACUUGGGGCCUGUAAAUACCAUAACUUUUGUGGACGAAAAUCGGCGGUUCGUAACGACUUCGGAUGAUAAAACGAUCAGAGCUUGGGAUUUCGAUAUCCCUGUCGUCAUCAAGUACAUCGCAGAGCCACAUAUGCAUUCCAUGCCCGCAGUCACUCUACAUCCUUCUAAGCGUUAUUUCGCUGCCCAAUCGCUGGACAACCAGAUUCUUGUGUACAGCACGGAUAAUUUCCGUCAAAAUCGAAAGAAACGCUUUGCAGGGCACUCCGUAGCAGGUUAUGCUUGCCAGGUUGGAUUUUCGCCCGACGGAAAAUGGUUAAGUAGUGGCGAUGGUGAAGGAAAUAUUGUUUUCUGGGAUUGGAAGACUGGCCGGAUAAAGUCGAGGUUAAAGGCGCAUUCAAAAGUCGUAAUCGCCCAUGAAUGGCUUCCACACGAAACAGUAAGCAAAUUAACCUUUGACGGAACGCCAGCUUCUUCACAUACACCGUAUUCAGUCAAAAGUAAUCACAGCGUCGUGGGAUGGCUUGAUAAAACUUUGGGAUUGAUUGCGGAAGUUGUAUGGGCGACGGUUACCCUUUUUCGACUGACAUGUCCCUUGUGUAUUCUCCGGAUGGCCCCUGCACGUCGCGGGUCGCUAUAAUCGAAAUAUCCUAUCGCCGUUCAAUCAACUGAAGUUGUGCCCUCCUUGGACCCGUGUCCUAAACACGGCUUCUCGUACAGUUCCUGAAAGUGACGUGGUGCCUAGCACUUUGAUCAACCUGUGGACAUAGGUUCCUUUGAUGUGCUUUAUUGUACCGCAUUGGUCAGCUUUGGUCCCGGCCCUAAAUAUGGGGUGCUGAGGGACACUGUAAAUGCCCUUAGAGGCUC